GCGGUUAUGGCGGCCUCCCAGUAAUAAAGCUUGGUCCGAUCGGUUUGAUUUAAUUGUUUUGGCUCAUUUUCCAUUAGCAGAUGGAAAAAGGUAGAAAGAGGUCUUGUGAUUAUUAUGAAAGAGAAAAGUCGCCCACCGGGAAAAGGAAAAGCUGCACUGUUUGGGAAGAUCUACGUUCCACUCUAGACGAACUCUUCUUCCGCGACUGUGAUUUGAUUAAACGUGGAACUCAAGAUUAUAAGGACUUCUGGUUAUUUCUGGAACGGUAUGAAGCCUUUCACAGUAAGAGACAAAAAGAAAAGCAAACAAAAGCAAAGGACACUAAAGAUUGGAGGUCCCCUAAACUAGGACUCCCUUUAUCAUAUGACAGAAGGUAUAAGAUAAAUGUUGCUCUGUUGUCAAAAGAUAUUUCUGAUGUAACUGGAUACAGCACCACUGGAACUAAGAAAGUUUACUCCUCUUUGGACAAGAAAAGCAAGCCAUUGGGUAAUGAGCUAUCAAGAGAAGAGUUUUUGGAAUUUAAAUCCAUCAUAUUGUUUUAUAUUGAUUUUUGUCAGAAGCAAAAGUUUUCCAAAUUAGUGAAGUUGAAGAAGGACCAGGCAAACCUUCCCAUAAGCAAUUUUAAAGAACAGAUUAUUGAUGCAUUGGGAAGCAACCAGGUGGUUAUUAUUGCUGGUGAUACAGGGUGUGGAAAGUCAACACAGGUUCCUCAGUAUCUUUUGCAUGCUGGCUACACACAAAUUGCAUGCACUCAACCUCGACGGAUUGCUUGCAUUUCAUUGGCCAAAAGAGUAGGGUAUGAAACUCUGAAUGAAUAUGGAUCCCAAGUGGCUUAUCAGAUUCGUUUUGAAAGCAGCAAGACCCUGGGCACCAGAAUUUUGUUCCUGACUGAAGGCUUGUUGUUGCGUCAAUUAUCUACCGACCCCACCCUCAGUCAGUACAAUGUUAUCGUGGUGGAUGAGGUACAUGAGAGACAUAUUCACGGAGACUUUUUACUUGGUGUUUUACGUGGUUUGCUGCAGGCCCGUGCUGAUCUUAAGCUGGUUCUAAUGUCUGCCACUAUAAAUAUCAGCCUGUUUGCCGGCUAUUUUACAGGAGCGCCAGUUAUUCAGAUUCCUGGUCGUUUGUAUCCCAUUGAAGUUCGGUACCAGCCUCCAAAAGUCGAGUUUUCAAGCAGCUCAAAACGAUGGGAGAGACUGGACCCCGCUCCUUACGUCAGAAUCAUGCAGCUUAUUGAUCAUAAGUACCCGUCAACAGAGCGAGGAGAUGUUCUGAUGUUUCUCAGUGGCAUGGCCGAAAUUACAACGGUUGUUGCUGCUGCUAAGGAGUAUGCGCAACAGUCUCGCCGGUGGAUAAUACUCCCGCUUCACAGCUCACUGUCUGUAGAGGAGCAAGAUAAGGUUUUUGAUGUGCCUCCUGAAGGUGUUCGCAAAUGUGUUGUGUCCACAAACAUCGCUGAGACUUCCAUCACAAUCGAUGGCAUCAGGUUCAUUGUGGACUCUGGAAAGGUAAAGGAGAUGAGCUAUGAUACUGAAGCUAAAAUGCAGCGACUGCGUGAGUUCUGGAUAAGUCAAGCGAGUGCAGAGCAGCGCAAAGGAAGGGCUGGUCGUACGGGUCCUGGUGUGUGUUUUCGUUUAUAUUCUGAGAGUGAUUAUCAAGCCUUUUCGCAAUACACCACUCCUGAGAUUCAGUUGGUACCUUUAGACUCCAUCAUUCUGCAGAUGGUCUCUCUUGGUAUUAAUCGCAUCCGCGAGUUCCCCUUCAUAGAACCACCACCAGCAUCCAACGUUGAAAACUCAAUUUACACUCUUAAGCAACAAGGUGCUCUGACAGAUGAUGAAGCCUUGACACCUAUUGGACAAAUGUUGGCUCAGUUGCCUGUUGAUGUCGUCAUUGGAAAGAUGCUUCUAAUUGGCUCAGUGUUCCACGUGAUUGAACCCGUUAUGAUCAUAGCUGCAGCUCUCAGUGUUCAAUCUCCUUUCACACAAAAGAUGGGUUAUGACUCUGUAGUGGCGUCACUAAGGCAGCCUCUAGAGUCUGACCAUGGCGACCUGUUUACGCUGCUGAAUGCCUACGAUGAGUGGCUACAGGUGAAGAGUCAUGGAAGCUCUUCUCGGAAGUGGUGCAAGCGCAGAGGUCUGGAAGAACAGCGUUUUUAUGAAAUGUCCAAACUAAAACGUCAAUUCGAAUCGCUCCUGCGGGAUCAUCACUUGAUGGAUCUCGAGGAACGUGAUGAGGAUGCGGAAGACCGGGAUCGGGAGGAAGAUAAAAGGCGGGAAUUGAAGAAACUGAAACGAAAACAUCGCAAAGAAACACGGAAAACAAAAAUGCUAAAACUGGACGAGGACCAGGAAAGCGGAGACGAAAGAGAUGAGGAGACUGGAACUGACAUCCGCGAUCUAGAAUUUAAGCUUACACACGACCUGGACAAACUUGAGGCAGGAAGUACAACGAGGCGCAGCUUCACGUUGCGAGACAUAAAUUUGCUGAAGAUUAUUCUCUGCAGUGGACUGUACCCUAACCUGGCUUUGCCAGAUGAGAACAACACGAACAAAAGGGACUCGGAGCAGUUGUUUCAUAGCAAGGCAAAGCAAUUCCUUCAGGUUCUUCCUACCAGUGUGUUUGCCAGUCGACCUCAACUACUACAACUCACUGAGUCCCCAGUUAAUUAUCAGUUGCUCACGUAUGUCUCUCUUUUGGAGACCAGCAAACCGUAUUUAGUACAAGCCAUGCGAGUCCCAGCGUUACAAACUCUUAUGUUGUUUGCACAAAGCUUGGACACUAACGCAGAUUUGACACGCUUUGUUGUAGACGGUUGGCUUGAAAUCUCCUUUCCAGAUAACAACACCGGGCAGGAGGUGAUGUUCUCUGUCCAACGGCUACGCUCCACUUGGGUUCGCCUGUUGAAGCUAAGAUUUGAUGAGAUUAAAGACAAGCAGGAUCGUAGUGCUACACGACGAAACAGAGAACUGGACUUGGAAAGUCAUCUGGCCAAAAAGUUGUCUGAAUUCUUGGAUAGUAAUGUCACUUACUCACUCCGACGACUUCUGCCGUCUGAAAGCCGAUACUUGUAUCUUGGUCCUCUCGGUCAAAGUCAGAAUGAUGACAGGUUGGAGGAUGCCUCUGGUUUGCCUUUCACGGGAAGCCUGGAACCGCACCCAACCAAGGGGGGCUUCCGUGUGAGUGAUUAUCUGACCUACAGCUGCCUACAAGACACUGUCAUGGCCGAGGCUGCCUCUGCCGCCGCUCAAUACAUUGCUAAGCAUUGGCGGUGCGAGAAAUGCGGCCAGAAAAUGUUGGUGACUGUUUUGGAAAGGUUGAGACAUGAAGAAGAAUGCCAGAAUGAACAGGCCCAUGACUCAAACGACCCAGUGGUUGAGUCUCAUAAAGACAAAGUAGCCGUUAACCCAUCAAUCGAGAGGUUAAGAAAGUCAUAUUAUUGCAACACAUGUCAAUCACAAUUCUCAUUUACAAGUACUGAAAUUUUAAAGCAUAAGAAGUCCCAUUUGUCUUCUACAUAGGUAGAAGUAAUUAAAGUAAGUAUUUCUUCUUUCUAGACCGUUUUCAUCGGUACAAUUCUGUAUGCGUGGUACCCUCAGAGUCAUUGUUGUCACAUUUUUUUCUCUUUCAGUAGUGUGUUGAGACUGAUAAUAAAUAAAUACCAACUUCUGUGGAGGGGGAUCAUUUGGAAAUCAUUUGAGAUUUAAUAAAUAGAUCACGCAUGACCAGUUGACCUCAUCGCUUAAAGAAGACCAGCAGUAUGCAGUCGAAAUGUCGCGAUCUACAUCACACGUGACUACAUCGCGAGACAAACGGAAAACCUAACUUUUAUUGUUAUUCACCACGAUGAAUAACCACAGCCUUUUUUACGUUUGAGAUUUGUUUUCUUAUUCUAAAUUCACAAAGUUAAUGUAUCCGUUAAGCUUACUGCGCGGAAAAAUUCUGUACUGUAGAGAACAAAAAAGCCGAGAAAGAAUGCCAAAAAUAUGGAAAUUAAUGACUAAAAUUUUCCUCCAAGCCCAAGACUUGUUUAUUCAAGAAAACAAGAGGGAUAGCUAGAGCCAUCAAGUUUGAGGAGAAAAAUACAAUAACAGAUCUUAUAAAGGGCUAUUUGUCACUUCCAAAUAUAAAAUUUAAGGCGGAGACUAAGCUCGCGCAGCGCCGUUGGUUGCCACCGUAAUUAAGAAAAAAUGUUUACUCAUUUAGGCGAGAAAGUGUGGUGCGAACGUAAUGAAAUUACGUACGUACGCAUGUACUUUCAUGAUAGUAUUGAACCACGGAACUACUUGUGCAUGCAGGUUGAGUAAAAUAUAAGAUACUUAAUGAAGAGUCUGUGGUAUUUAUGCAGGAGUUGGUAGUAUAUGAACUCAAACGAGUGAGCGUAGCGAGGGAAUGAGUUUUCUGAUAAAAAGCGACGAGUACGUAACUAGCAUACGGACAGACUUUUCAUGGUGUAUAUGUUUAUCAUAUACUUACGUAGAUUCGCUUCUUGGUCAAUGAUAAUUGUUAGUCAAAAUUUAUAAAAUCGAUCAUGAAGUAAGGCAAGGCACCUUUGACAGCGAGCGAAAAACCAAAUACUUGAAACGAGGCAUCUAAAGCGUGAGGGUUCAUCAUUUUCUCUGUAUUGACGUCGAACAAAGCGAAGGAACUCCGCAAAUAUAUGGUUAAUUCCUCGAACGCUAUGGGAGUGUACUUUUCGUUCGUCGUUCUUUUUGUCUCUCAAAAAAAUCUUUUAAAAGUUUUCAAUCUUACUUUGUUAUCUCUUUUGUGUUUUUUUUUCUCCAUCCUUUCCAGAUAACCCUCCACAAAAGUCUAAUGAGAAACAAAUCUUUUCUCGCUCGUCCUUUGUAAAUAAUUUGACUUAACAAACAGCCCUGAGAGUGGAUUUUUAAUUAUAAUUUUCCGAACGAUUUGAAAAGCGAAACUCUGCCAGUGACUUCUGAUUGGACAUAUCGUUUUCAUCUCACCUGUAAGAUGUGAUACAAGCUCUUGGCUUGUGAAUGAAAAUUUAUUUCGCGCCUUUUCAGUGGAAAAUCUCAGUAGGUAAAGUGCAUUAUAAAGGAAUGCGUUGAGCAUUCCUUCCGGAACAAGAUCAUUUGGGAGCUAUAGAGCAUGAGCGAAUGUGCUCAAGAUUGAGUGUUGAUAUUUCUGUAAAUUAUGGUAAAUAUAAUUGAUUACUCGAAAUAAUUUGGGAUUGCUGUUUGUUAAAACUUGGGUGUACUGACGAGUUUACUUCAAUUCAAAUAACCAUGUUUUGAAACUCGAAACGCAGUUGAUUUACACCUUAAGCGGGUAAAUUUAUUGCAACGGGAGCGAAAGGAAAUGUGAUGUUUAAGUCUAUUAAGUCAAUUGUAAAAUUGAAAUAUUCUCGCUAGAAAUGAAGCCUUUUCAGUGUUCUGAAGAAUGUUACUUCUGUUUCAUGUCAACUCAAAUUUCUGAUGAAAUGUUUAACGCACUUAUCGGGGCAUAAAAAUCAGAGUAUGACUGAAACAAAAAACUAAUUUGUGUAUUUGAAGGAAGUCUUGCAAAUUUUUGAGAGAGUUUCGGCCAGUGAAGUAAUAUUUUAACUGUUGAUGUCUUGCAGCUAUGGUUUUUAGAUAAAUUGAGAGAAGAGUCCAUCUCACUGCAAGUUGAGUUUGUGUACUCAUCUUCCUUAGCACGGACUAAGUUCGUUACUUCAUUUAUCAAAUUUAUAUAAGGCAGAGUUACAGUAGAACACUAAGAGGAAGUAAGACGUUCACGUUUAGUCUGCUCUCAUUUAAUCCAUGAGAAUACAAGCUUUUUAAUUGAAGCGUACGAUCCUGAAUUGUUGCAAUAGAAAUAAACUAAAGACUCUUUCUGCUUCGUAGAUUUAAAA